UUGAUGUUCUGUGAUCGAGCAACCGGGUGACGGUGGAGUAUGUCGUGCUCUGCUACAGCAGCUGUCGCGGCAUGUGAGCUCCGGAGGAUCUUGACGCAGUGCUGUGUUAUAAAUGUCUGUGCUUGGCUCUCAGGGCGCCAGUUCGAACACGUGCCUGUGCGACUAUGAGGCCGGGCGGCUUCGUGGGAACGCUGUGUGUGUGAGUGACGGCUUCUUCGAGCGGACCCACGCUGCUGCGAGCGCUGCCGCCCCUCGACGUCCCUUUCGUGCGUGGUGCAAAACUGUGACAACAAACAGACAUCGGCAGCCCCCACGAUGCUCCCAAGGAGGCCAGUGCCCUUCUACGUCGCGCUAUUUGUCAUUGCAGCACCUUUCUUCACUAUUUUCGUCAUGUUUCAGAAGCCCGACAUGUCCGAGGAAUCCGCGCUGGUGCAGCGCGUCGCCGAGCUUCAGGAGCGACUGCGGCAUGCCGAGAUGCUGAACCACCAGCGCUGGGAGGACGUGUUGGCGCUGCAGCAGCACCUGGUGCCCCGCAACGGGAGCCUAGGCGACGGCACGCCCCUCGACCUGCAGCUGCCGGCCAUCUACAAUUUCUUGCCGCAUCUGACCGCGGGUCCGGACGCCAUCAGACCCGCUGUCAAGAUCUCCAGGGGACGAAGUGGAGCGACCAUGGUGCUGGGUGUGCCCACCGUAAGGCGAGAGGUUCAAAGCUACCUGAUGUCCACGCUACAGAACCUGAUCAACAACAUGAGCCCCGAGGAGAGACUUGUAUCGCUCAUCGUAGUGUUCAUCGCGGAGACUGACCUGAGUUACGUCAUGGCGCAAUCCAAAGAAAUCAAAGAGGAGUUAAGCGAACAUGUCGAGAGUGGUCUUCUGGAGAUCAUCUCCCCGCCAGCGUCCUUCUACCCAGACAUGGACCACCUGCCGGAGACGCUGGGGGACCCACUCAUCCGCGUGAAGUGGAGGACAAAGCAGACAUUGGACUUUGCGUACCUUAUGAUGUACGCACAAAGCAGGGGGACAUUUUACGUGCAGCUAGAGGACGACAUCCUCACGAAGCCUGGAUACAUCACAAAAAUGAGGGAUGCUGCAUACAAUCACAUAGCCAACAAGAGGCACUGGAUGAUCCUCGACUUCUGCCAGCUAGGGUUUAUCGGGAAACUGUUCAAGUGUGUGGACCUGUCCAAGUUUGUGGCCUUCUUUCUCAUAUUUUACAAUGACAAGCCUGUUGACUGGCUUCUAGACAACAUGGUUUCCACUAUGGUUUGCCGAAAUGAUCAUGACCCCAAACAAUGCCGGAAGAGAGUAGAUACCAUAUGGAUCCAUUAUAAGCCGUCACUAUUCCAGCAUGUGGGCAUGCAUUCAUCCUUGAAAGGCAAAUUGCAGAAACUGAAGGACCGCCACUUUGGCAAGCUGGCACUUCACGUUGCCCAUGCGAACCCAACAGCUGUGGUGACCACCUCACUCAAGUCCUACAAGAACUACAACCUUGCCAGAGCCUACCAGGGCGCCACUUUCUUCUGGGCCCUGAUGCCCCAGAAAGGGGACAACAUCACGUUUCGGUUCACACCACCCAUCCGGAUAGAACGGUUUCUGUUCCGUAGUGGAAACCAAGAGCAUCCGGACGACAAGUUCUACAACACAACAGUCGAAGUGCAGCUUGACUACGAGCCAGUGAUCCUGCCACUUACGAGGACACUUGAUGGAUUCUAUGUAGUUGGAAAGUUCAAAGCCAGCACAGGGAUUGCUGAAGGAAAGCUGCCACCUGAGAUAGGCUGUGUGCGAACCCUGCGACUGAAUAUUCAGUACGACUCAAGUCAUUGGGCCAUUCUAAGCGAGAUAUGGAUCAAGCCAGUUAACUCCAGUUCUCAAGCAAACCCAACUUCUAUGAAAGUUCAGUGGGAGACAGCUUCAGCAAAAAGAAUGUUUGGUGCAAAAAACACUCCAUGAUCAGCUUCUGCCUUCAAGAGCCGUUACCUCAGGACAGUGCAAUAAUUUUCUACGACAUUCACAUGCCACGCUGAACUGCAACUAUGUGAUUCCCAAGCGUCGCCAUGACACAGUCGUGCUUGUGAAUGCUGUUCACAUUUCGAAAUGCCUUGCAACUUCAGGUGAACUGUGCGUCUUUCAAAUUGUUUUGUUUGGAAGUGCUGGAACUAUAUACAGUGCCUGUGGAACGUCGGCAGAGCUUCACCACGGACAAUUAUUAGUUUUCGGAGUGUUUCGAGUAAGUCAGCUUGAGACAGUAAUUCACUACGAAGUGUGAUAGAUGGUUGUUGCAGUAUGAAGUCUUUUAGUUUAUGUGCAAUUUUAUUCAUUGUUUCACUAAACUAUGAACACAUUGUUAAUCUAAUUUUAAAUUAGGCGUGUUUGGAUAUAAGCCUCAUGAUAACCACAGGAGUAAUGAAUGGCAGCAUAGGUUUUGAUAAAGAUUAGUGCAUAGCCCUAGUAUGACUUUGCUAUUCAAUCAUAGUAUUUUUUUCAACCCUCAAGUUGCCUUAAUAGGGUAGCGUGGCACUUAUUAAGCCAACUGUAAAUAACGAAUGGCUUUGAUACAAAACUUUAUUAAAUGUUAUUAUUAAAUUAAUUAUUAGGUAGUAUGUGUAUGUUAAGUUAUGCCAUUUACUUAUUGUAUCUCUGAACAGUUUCUUUGAAUUACUACUCGUAGGUGAAUAAAAUACCACGAUUCUAUUGCAUAGUUAUGUAGAAAAGGAGAUGUGACAUUUUAACAUUGAGCACAAACUAUAGAGUCAGAUGCAGGGAAAACAUUCAAAUUGUUUUUGUUCUGAAUUAUGUCUGUAUUGCAGUCUGUACUACUUCGUUAGUUUUAUUCUUGGCACACAGAGCUUAUGGAAGUUCACCUACGAGAGAAACUUCAACUGGCAAUGUGCUACUUAUAUUUGGGUGUCACAGCACACUUCAUAGCAACAGACAUGCAAACAUCCCGUGAUAUUCAUUACAUAUGUCUGUGAAAAUUUUAUAAAGCUUAGAUUGUGCAUGUGAUUUACGUGGCUUUACGUAGUUGCUGCAAGUGAUUUGUAAUAUAAGCACGCUUUCAUGGACUACAUUUGCUUUUGUGUUCCAAUGCACGUAAGCAGGGUUAGUGUCUAUUCUACACUGUCUGGAAUUGACAUUGAGAGGGCCGUUGCCAACUUUUUAUGAACACUGUUUACACUUGUAUACUAGGCAGCUUUGUGCUUGUGUUUGUAAACAAAGCACUGAACUCUUUACUAAGGCUUGCUAGCUUACGUUAUUAGCAUGCAUAUGACCUAACCUGCGCUCAUACGAGACAUGAGCACUAACUUGCAAAUUGCAGUUCAACCCGGUUAUGAGAAACUGGUUCAAACUUUGUUUUUCCAGCAAAAUCUCGAUGGUUUUCAGAGGUAAAAGCUGCCUUAGGCUAGCUCGACUGUGUUCGUGGAAGCACUCACAUUUAGCAUACAGCAGGUGUUUAAGCUAUACAGUCAAGAAUUUCAUAACCACGAAAUUAGAGUGCCGUACUUAUAAUGGAACAGUGGACUAACAAAUCAGUGUUAAAUUGACUAUGGCAGCCAUUUAUCACUCUAAUCUGUUCAUUGCGAAUGCUGAGUAUAUGUUGCCUAAGGGAAAACAAAUACUUAAGUGAAAUAUCAGGUACAGUGAAGUAAAUUAUAGGUUUUUUCAUCGUGCUAUAUUUUAUUGAUAAUUCCACAUCCUCACUGAAUUAAAAAUACAGGAUCCAGUGUGAUUAUGGCUGUUCAGUAGCAAGUGUGCUUCUUGUCACACUCACUGCAAAGGAAUUAGUUAUACCUUGCUGCAAUGCCAGCUCACAUACAGCCCCACACGUACUGCCUGUAUUGCAAACUGACCUCACUGAAGUCGGCAUGUUACAGUUAAUAUGCAACGUGGAAUUGAAGUAAUGAUUGGCAUGGGGCCCGAAUUGCAUAGAAGUACACAUUUAUUAGUGCUUGAGCAUGUAUUGCAUAAUCCUUAUUGAUUAUGCAUUUGUGUGAAUGUCAGUGUUGUAACAAAUUUUCAUGGAUUUGUUUGUCCACUUUUUGGGUAUGAGAAACAUGUGCCUGCUUCCUGCAUUCUUUUGUUAAAUGCAAUGUUAUUGUGUAGAUCAUAUCAUGAAACAAUGCCUUAGUAAUUGUAGCUGUAUAGAUACCAUCUUUUUUUAGGUGGGAGUCAGUAGCUUGCAUAUUGUUGAAAAUUUUUUAGAGGCUGAGAAAAACUCCCUCAUGCCUCACUGUAAAACAGUAUCAGUUUACUGUUUUUCUUAAUUUAUCAUCUUUCAUUAUUUUCUCUUCAGCCUUGUGAGUUUUUAUGGAAAUUAAUCUAAUUAAGUUAAUUACAUAAAUGGGCAUAGCUGUUACUUCUAAUGAUAUAUCCUUUAAAUUAUUUUUUCAAAACAUUUUUCUUUAAUCUUUCUAAACUUUCUUCAUUAUAAGGAGGUACAACGUGAGUAGCUAUUGUCUCCUCUUCAGAGCCCUAAGUUUAGCUGUAUCAGCUGUGUUCGAAAUUUGUGCUUGUUUUUGAAACAAUAAAGUAUUUUUUUACUGUUGCA